AUGGCCAUUACUCUUCGUAGUGAUAAACAAUUAGAGGAUCGUCCGAUGGUAGAAAAUGGGGAGAACAAUGAGAAUAAGAGACAAGGAGAUGAGCUAAUGGAUCAAGAGGUAAACAUGGGGAAAGGUAGUAAAGGAAAAUCAAAGGAAGAACAACCUACAUCUUCCACCACUAUUCCGAUACCUCCGGCGGUUCCAUUUUCUCAACAACUCAAACCAAAUAAACUUGAUAAAGAAUUUGAGAAAUUUAUUCCUUCAUAUGCCAAGUUUCUGAAGGAGAUUAUGACACGAAAGAGGAGAUUGGAUGAUCGGGAAACAAUAACAUUAACGGAGGAGUGCAGUGCCAUUAUACAAAACAAGUUGCCACCAAAAUUGAAGGAACUGGGGAGUUUUUCUAUACCUUGCACUAUUGGUAACAUUGAAUUUUUAAAAGUAUUAUGUGACCUUGGUGCAAGUGUUUCCUUAAUUCCUCUAAUGGUAGCUAGACAAUUAAGGCUGCAUGAGUUAAAACGCACUAAUAUUGCCUUGCAAUUAGCUGAUAGAUCUGUUAGAUAUCCAGUGAGAGUUUUGGAAAAUGUGUUGAUCAAAGUGCAAAAAUUUAUCGUUCCCGUGGAUUUUGUGGUAUUAGAUAUGGAGGAAAACAUGUCUAUGCCGAUCAUAUCUAGUAGACCAUUUUUAGCAAUUGUGGGCACUAUUAUUGACGUAAAAAAUAGCAAGCUUAAAUUUCAAGUAGGUGAAAAAGAUGUAGCAUUUAAUUUGAAUGAAAUGGAAAAGUACCCUUUUCUUACUGAUCAUGCUUGUUCAAUUGACACAAUUGAUGUGUUAACCCAAGGAUUGGAUCGAAUCAAUUUUGAUGUCAAUUCUCUUGAGAUUUGUUUAUCAAGUGCAAGGAUGUUGGGGGAAAUUGAGGAAGAAAUUAAUGCAUUGGCCCAAUGUUUAAAUGCACAACCUCCUUAUAGGAAGAGGUGUGUGUAUGAAAAUCUUGGACAAGGAAAGGGACUUCCACCAUUUUCAGAGAUAGAAGCUCCAAAACUUGAACUCAAGCCACUUCCCAGCCACUUGAAGUAUGAGUUUCUUGGUGAAAAUGUGUGA